AUGUCCAUGCAGACGAGGCAUCCUUCUCCAAGAAGUACCCGAGGGGCUUUCCCAUUGUUCUGGACUUCACCAUUGGAAAUAGCUCGUGCCCAGCGCAGGGCCAGCCGCUACCUCAGGGCUAUGCAUGUCUCAGCGGCAACAGCUCGUGCGUGGAGGCAACCAACAGGACCAGUUAUGUCUGCAAGUGUUGGGAGCACUACGAUGGCAAUCCUUACAUCCCUGGUGGUUGCCAAGAUAAAACUCAAAAGAUUCUACGACCAAAAUGGUGGUCCGGUACUAAAAGGUGUAAGGAAUAUAAGGAUCUAUACAAGGAGACAACUUAAGGAAAUAACAAAUAACCACCAGGAUGUCAUUGGAGAAGGUUACUUUGGUAAAGUUUAUAUGGGGGCUCUUAAAGAUGAAAGCAAAGUGGCUCUAAAGAAAUCUAUCAAAGUUGACAAGGACAUGAAGAAAGAAUUCACUGAUGAGGUUAUAAUCCAAUCCCAAAUGAGGCACAAGAACAUUGUUAGGCUCCUUGGGUGCUGCUUACAAAUGGAUGUGCCCUUGUUAGUGUACGAGUUUGUAGUGAGAGGCAGUCUAUAUGAUGUUCUCUUUAAUCAUAGAGAUAUCGUUAUAGUGGAUAAACGUUUGAAGAUUGCGGUUGGAUCAGCUGAAGGUUUAGCAUACAUGCAUUCAGCAGGGGAGAGUACUAUCCGUCAUGGUGAUGUUAAAUCUGCCAAUAUUCUUCUUGAUCAAUAUUUCACUCCAAAAGUUUCAGACUUUCGAACUUCGAAGCUGCUUGCAAGAGGAAAAGACGAGAAGACUGAGCGUGUCAUUAGGGACAUGAGUUACAUAGAUCCAGUAUAUAUGCAAUAUGGGACUGUUACGCAAAAGAGCGAUGUGUACAGCUUCGGUAUAGUUCUCAUAGAGCUUGUCACGAGGACGCCCGCGACAUAUGAUGAAGGGAGGAGCUAUGUUGCAAAGUUUGUCCAGGCAACUCAUGAUAAAAGAGUAAGUGAGCUCAUUGACAACGACAUUACAAGCCAGAUUGAUAUUAAACUAAUGGAAAUGGUCAGCGCAGUUGCUGUGGAUUGUCUAAAACCAAAUCCAAAUGAACGCCUAGAUAUGAAACAAGUAGAACAACUUCUUGACAACAUUAUUGGACAAUCUGCUCAGCCUGCCCAGGACAUAAAUAACCAAGGAAAUCCUAAUUCUACUCCAGCUAAUGUUGCUUUGCUCACGCUAGGUAAUGAAGCACCGAUCAAUUAA